AUGACUACGUCGGAGUUCAAUCAAAACACCGAAAAUGAGCCGCUAGCUGCUAUUGCAUCAAACCUACAGUCUCUUGUAGAGUCUCUCAUCGAAUUGGGAGUGAUGGUUCACGAUUUCCAAGGAACACCCCAGUCACAUACAGCUCUUACACAUAAGACAAACCAGGUGGUGAGUCUACUUUCGGGGCUAACGAACAGUCCGUUUGCGCAACAAUUCCCGAUUCCAUUGGAUGUGGUGAGCUAUAUCGAAGACGGUAGAAAUCCAGAUAUUUACACAAGAGAAUUCGUCGAGGUGACGGCAAAGACAAAUGCUAGGUUGAAGGGCAAAAUGCUUGCGUUCAAAAAGCUACGUGAUGUUCUAGGGGAGAAGUUAGUGGACGAGUUUCCGCACCUUAAACCAGGAGUGGAUGAUAUCAAGAGAAAAACUGGUGGGUCGUGA